AUGAUCCCCGCUAUUCAGAAAACCGACGCAACGUGGUACUUCUCCGUCGUAAUGGUCUGGUCCGAUACCGAAGUCAGCACAGCCAUCAUCGCCCUGUCGUUGCCGGCAUUGAAGGGUCUAGUCGGUGCUGUUGCGGGCAGUACCCGGAAAGGAACCGAUCAGACACCAGGGAGUAAUGGCGGCCCGGAUCUGCAUUUGCAGAAUGUGCCUGCUAGAGGCGACCAGCAUCUGUAUGAGGGGCCGGAUAGUUAUCCCAAUGAGGCGCGGGCUAGUAUUGGGGAUAAUGCGAGUCAGGAGGCGUUGUGGGUGGAUACGAAUGCCGGGAUUCAUGUCAAGAAUAGUGUCAGGGUUAGCGUGAGUGAUCGGUAG